AUGUCCAUCUACACCACCUCCCCUCCCCCCGAGGACCACAUCGCCACCCUCGCCGCCUCCUCCUCCCCGCAGCCCCCCAUCCCCCAGCAGCCCAGCUACGGCCUCGACUCCCUCGUCGGGCUGGUCUCCUCGCUCGUCCUCUCCCCGCUCUACCUCUACGCCACCCUGCGCGGCAAGUCGCGCGUCUGGGACGACCUCCUUGACGCCCUCCCCGACGACGUCUUCCGCGCCGGCCCCGGCCUCGACGUAGGCUGCGGACGCGGGCUCGUCCUCCUCAAGGCUGCGCAGCGCAAGAAGAAGCUCGCCGCUGCUGCGGCCGCCACCACCACCACCACCACCAACAGCAACAGCAGCGGUGCCGGCGGCGAGGCGGGCCAGGCCGUUGUUCCCCCCGCGUACGGCAUCGACAUCUUCAGCACCGCCGACCAAACCGGCAACGCCCCCCUCGCCACGUACCUCAACGCCGCCUCCCUCUCCUGCGUCCCCCACACCGUCCUCCACACCGCCAGCUUCGCCGAGCGCUUCCCCUUCGCCGACGGCGCCUUCUCCCUCGUCACCUCCAACCUCGCGCUGCACAACGCCAGCCGCGAGGGCCGCCUCGUCGCCGUCCGCGAGAUCGCCCGCGUCUGCCGGCCCGGCGGCACCGUCCUCAUCGUCGACCUGUUCGGCUUCUUCAAGGACCAUAGGACCGUGCUCGAGGAGGAGCUGGAAUGGACCGACGUCGACGUCAGUAUGGUCGGCGUCAAGAUGCUCUACGGCGCGCUGCCGUGCCAGGUCCUCAGGGCGACUAAGCCGAUGGCUCAGAGCACAUAA